CGACGAGUAGUUUGUAUCUGAGAAAAGCUGUGCUUGUAAACGAGAAUAAAAAUCUCUAUUAUUUUGAUCGAUCUCACAUGAAUGAUGGAAGAUUUGAACGUUCCCGGAUGAGCUGAUGAGCCAACCUGGCAAUUCAGGUAGACGACAAUUCAAACAGCUCCUACUAUGCCGGAGGAAAUUACUCUCGAUAGAGCCAUUGCGCUCCUAUCAUCUGAGAAAUUAAAAGACCGCUCGGAUGGACUUGCUGAUCUCAAACAUAUUCUACACCAGAAUAAACGAAACUCCAAACUACUAUCACUGAAUGACAAAGCCUGUCAUAAGAUCUUUGAGUCUCUAUUUCGGUUCAUUACCGUUGAGAAAUCGGGGUAUAACCGAGCGAAUUCUAAAAGCGCAGCAGCUGCAUCGCGUUUAUCCGCAUGUGUGUCUGUUCUGCGGGCCGCUGUUGAUGCUUUUCUUCGUAAUAUACGGUUCAAAUCGAUUCGCGCCAUUAUUGACCAUAUAACUGAUACUCUAAUCAAUCCUAAUGACCACCUUUUUGAGAUCCUUAGCGUUGAUUAUACUAAAUGCCUGAGUACUAUUUUACGCCACCCCCCACAUGUUGAACAUCUAGGCGUCGAGGAAUGGGAGAAGGUAAUGAGCUUUUGCUUGAGGAUUAUCAACAUCUCCCAUGAUGACGAUAGUCAGCAGAGCCCAUAUAGUAGUCGUUGGUCUACUGUGGAUGAUUCCCUGGGGCCUAGCGGGACGCCAUUUACCCUGUCUAGAGCAACGCCGACAUUGGCCUUCAGAGAGAAGGCAAAGGGGCUCACAAGUGCUGUCGGAGAAGCGCUACUAUGCAUUAAAGCACUGUCCGAGGUUCCAAACGCACCCUUUAAAGAAAAUGCUGCAAAUAUCCUCCGUUCACUGACGCAAAUGGUGGGAUCAUCAGCGAUUGCUGGUGGUGGACAUCAAGCGGCAUUUAAUAGCAUCAAUACGAUCUUGAUGAGAAUCUUUUUCGAUAAUUCUGACCUCGCUAGGGCUACAUUGUUGGAUUUGAUCCCGAUAAUUCGGCAACACUGGCAUACCAAGCUUAUAGGCCUCAAGGACGAAUUGCUUGUCACCGCGACGUUGUGUGUGCUCGCCCUGACUGAUGCAUCUCGAAGAGACCCAUCUGUGCCCCUGGCACGAGCGGUUGAUGAACUCGUCGAUGCUCUGCAUUCCGAGUAUAUCAAGCGACCUGAGAAAGAUACUUUGCAGGUGGACGAACUGGUCUUUGAUUCAACGAGCCCCACAAACCCGGAAAGAUUUCACCUAUGGCCCCGUUUAGAGACUGCCAGAUCUGAACAUAACUGGACUGUAAUAUGGGUAAUAGCGAGGUUGCUCGAGUUAUCGGAAGAGCUUACUGUGCGACUUUCGCCCCCGCCUACUCAACCCGAAAGCCAAAAUAAGAAGCAACGCCUCACAUCAAAGAUAGAGGAUGUGUUCCGUGACUCUAUAGGGUCUUCUGGGAUCAGGAGAGUAUGUGCUUUGCAGUUAAUUCCAUUUCUUCCCAAGCAUUUUGGCGGAAAUGAGUCGAAAAUAUCUUUGCUUGAGCGAUUGAUUCCCAAUAUACUCGAUGAUAACAGUGCGAUAUCUUCCUGGACAAUGAUUGCUAUUGCAAGUAUUGCCAGUAGCUCUGAUGCAAACUCGCCGUCUCUGAAAAGAUAUUGGCAGCAAGUUUGGGAUCUGACAUCUCGUGCCUCCACAUCCCAGUAUACAUCCAGGGCCGCAUGCAAUCUCCAGAACAGUAUUUUGAAGUUUGAACUUCUCGAGUACUCUGCCGUUGCGGAGACUACAAGCUCAAUGCUCUCAUUUGUCAACUUGAAUGGGCCCUCGACGCUAUCAGAUGCAUCUUUAGAUCUAUGGGCAAGGGUUAUUCGAAUGACGGCACAGAUAAACCCAGGGUCCGUUUUGAAUGCUUCGAGCCAGAUUUGCGCAUGGCUUAGAGAAACGUGGACCGUUGGCACCGCAACCGACAGAAUACAGACGGCACAACUUGCGACGUUUGCGCGUCCUUUGGAUCUUCUUAAUUUGAUCCUUGCAUGCAGCAACCGGCCUUUCUGUCUACCAACAACAUUAUUUCAAGGGCCAACGGGUAUUGUUGCAAAAAGUUGGCUUUUUUACCAUAGAAACAAGAAAUUGCUGAGUUACCUCUUUGAUCUUCAAGGCUUGCCGGAUUUCUUCGAUAUGUGGUACCCCAAAGAGCCCGUAUUGAUCCAAGAGUUUACUCGACUGGAUCCAAAUGACCUUGGUAUCCUCGAUCUUUUACAAGCAAAGUCCGAGAACUUUCUUCAAUCCUGGCGAUCGUUGUCUGAAGACAAGUCCCACCAUGUGACCCCAGAAAUUGUGCAGAUCCUUGUGUCCUUCUGCAUAACAAGCACUCUAUAUACAUCAUGUAUACCCCCACAUUCAGAAACUCGAACACAGAGCCUGCAGCGAACCACCUACAAGAUAUGGGAAAGCACUUGCCAGUUUCUGACCUCUCGUGAACCGGUGUUUCUUCAAGCCUGCCUCGUACUUUUCCCUCCCUUCUUCCGGCUGGAAACGUGCUUCGUUGAAUCCGAAUCUGCUGUUCAUAAGGCUUUACGUGAGCUUGCACCGGUAUUGACAAGAGUCCUAGAAGGCUAUAGACAACGGCAGAAAGCAAAUGUUUCUGCCACGGGUGAGGAAGCCAUGGAAUUGGACGACCCGUUGUUAGUAUCGGGUGACCAAAUUAUGGAAGCGUCAACAAUAAUUACUACAAACCGAAGUGAUUCGCCGCUCUUUCAGGAUCCUUCUAGUUUCCAGCGGUACAUGACUGUCCUGCUAUCAACCUUUGAAAGAUCUCAUGCACAUACUCAUGCUAGCCAGCAGUUCGCCGAAGAGGGCUUGAGGGAUUACUUGAUCGGUUUGGACGAACUUGAUAUAUUGGCCGCGCAUGAGCUUCUACCGCACGUGUAUCGCUCAUGUUCUGGAAUGGGGAGGGACUGCUUACUCGAGAUACUUGAGGAUGUGGGUGAGAAAUGCCUACAGUCAUAUGAAUUAGAACGCUGCGAGGCCUCCCACUUAGUAUGCAUUGGUAUGAUGGGCAGCUUUGCUGAAGCAUGGACUGGCGAAGAGUGGGAUAAUUUCAGCGAUUCGGCCUUGGACAUAUAUAUUUGGUUCACAGAAAUAUUGUUAACAAAAGGAAGGGCGUCACCGUCAGUUUUGAUUGCAUUUGCUGAGCUUCUAGGACGUGUCGUGAGGAUGAACCCUGGGUAUUCUAGUGACCAAUCGCGCCCAUCACCCAGGACAACUCUCUUCAUGAUCAUUCGGGAAGGAAACACCCGGGUUAAAUUCGAUGCUGGCAACCUGAUACCCCAGUUAUUUGGCCAAUUUCUUCUUAGAGACCACGAUGCAAUUUUUGAUGAUGUUCUGCAGAGUCUCCCAACAGACCUCGACUGGGAAGAGGGAAUCGCGAUUCGCUUGUUUUUACUCUCCCAGCUGGCUUCGAAAUGGCACACAUUGCUCCGAAGAAGCAUAUACCAUAUGUUUGAGACCCCAGCUCAGGUGCCACACUCUCUAUGGUAUGCAGAAAAAUGCCUCCGGCAUGUUUCGGAGACACUGGGGCUUCAAGAUUCAAAAGAGCUUUUCCGGCUUUUUUCUUCUCAGGUUCUCUAUACUUGGACUGAAACGCAUUCAAUCACAACGAUGCCAUUCAGCAUAUUUGGAUACUCAAGCAUUGAAGACAUGCUAAGUGAUGUUCAAGAUGAGAUUGUUGGGCAAAUAAUGAUGCGGGCCAGUGAAGACGAUGCAACAGAGCUUUCAAAUUUCAUGAACCAGUCUUUUGUUGAGCUAUUGACAGCGUCUUUUCACAAAGCGGAGGCGUACACAAUAGCUCGAGAUAUCAGCACCCCUCCUGGGCAGGGAAGCCAGCCAAAGGGCGUGGAAAACCGACUGAAGAAAAUUCUGGGAGCCGAAAAAUUUGUAAGCUUGAUUGACGAGCAAUUUCCACGGGUCAUAGCCACUUUUUUUGGGGCUCUUGAUCUUUGUGAACAAGUCGAGAAAGCAUUUUCUAAAAGAGCACAAUACCAUGGCGCUCUGGAUACACUCAAACGCAUUGCAGCCAAGAGUACAUCGAAGAUCAUCCUCCCUGCAAACCAACAACCCUCAUUUAGGGCCCGGUACCUUCUCGAUGAGCUUGAGUUUCUUUGCAAGCGUAGUGGAUACCAGCUUGACACCAUAUGGACACCGGCUUUGGCAUCGUAUGUCUGUCGAACUCUCUUGGAAUCGAUUCACCCUGCGCUUGGGUCUCUUCACGCCUGUUCGGUAAUCCGAAAGAUCAAGAUUCUGGUGUGUGUCGCUGGGCCUGUGGUUCUGAGGGACUAUCCAUUUGAGAUGAUUAUACAUGCGCUUCAACCGUUCCUGGUCGAUAUCUAUUGCUCUGAGGAUGUCCUGGGCAUUUUCUGGUACCUAUUAGAAGCUGGGACGCCGUAUCUACGUGAGAAGCCGGGGCUUAUGGCUGGAAUCUCGGUCUCUACACUCCUGUCGCUGAGGCGAUUCCUAUCAUCGCCCUCUACAAAUCAAACAAAUGAGCCACAACUGAAACUGGUGGUCGAAAAAAUCCAAAGGUUUAUUAGGUGGUAUGAAGAUUUCCUAGUCUCCUACGAUUCAUCGGUGGUAAGCGAGGAGACCCAUGCGGUUUUCCAACGCUUGGUACGGCCUUUACACUACUCCCAGGGCAUGGAAUUUGUCAAUAUAAAAGAAGGCGACUUACUUCUUGAAGUAUUGAGAGACCGAAACUCCACGAACAGUCUCUUGAGCAGACCUAUCUCUGAUUAUGUGAUAUCCCUUCUUUGUACGGAGCCGACGGGGACGGUUGACUAUCACCAUAAGGUAAACCCGAAAGAUGAGGAUCCUGUUUCAAAUGCUGUUGCUAUCUGUGAAACCCUUCGAAAUUUCAGCCCUGGGAAGGAAUACCGUUCAUGGGCCGCAAGAGUUAUCGGGCGGGCCUUUGCGGUGACAGGUAAAAUCGGCGAUGUUUUAUUGAGAGAGCAGGAGCUGACACUCUUUCAACCUCAUACACCAACACCAUCUGUUGACGUUCUCUAUCACUCAAAAGCUAUGAUUCUUCAAUCACUUUGCAACAUGCUUCAAAGCAGCAGUAAAGUUGGUCCUGUUGAGCGAACAUUGCAGCUUAUAGUUAGCAAUCUCGGCACGUCCUCAGAGUUUGAAGGUUAUGUGGAUAGCAUUCCUUCUUCUCUCAGGGACGCUCUCACCUGGAAUGUGUACCACUGCCCUGGAAUAUCAUUAACAGCAUCAGAGGCAAAGAGGCGUGAUAGCGUGAUAGGAUGGGAUUUGAGCCUUUCACUUGCUCACUGGGCUCGGAAUAUUGGCUUGUUUCUUUCGAACGCAGCGCAGCAAGACCCAGUUGUUGGACCAUUAGGAAACAUUCUAUUCCUCAUCCCUGAUUUAUCGGCCCAAAUCCUCCCCUAUAUCUUACACGAUGUUCUGCUGGCGGAGCUUCGUGGAGAAGUGGAUGUUCGCCGGACGAUUUCGGAGAUUUUCAAACAAGCCUUGCAGGAUGUUGACGAUAAUACUAUCCCGCAUGCGCGUCUUGUUAUAAACUGCAUCCUCUAUCUGCGAAACCAGCCGAUGCCGGAUGAAAACACGAUAGUGGAUCGGGAUGGGUGGCUGGAGAUUGAUUUUGCAGAAGCCGCUUCAGCAGCUAGUAGAUGCCUACUACCUAAGACAGCCCUUCUGUUCCUUGAGACCCAUGCGUCUCGGUCCAUGUCUGGCUCCCGGCGCUCCUCAAUUGUCAAAUAUGAGGCACCAGCAGGGCUGCUUCAUGACAUUUUCAAAAACAUUGAUGACCCAGAUUUCUUUUACGGCAUUCAACAAGUUUCCUCAUUGGAUUCUGUGAUGGAAACACUUGAGCACGAAAGCUCCGGGAUCAAGAACCUUUUGUUUCAAAGCGCACAGUAUGAUAGCCAGGUUCAGAUGACAGGAUGUGGGAAUGCCCUUGGAGUUCUCAAGGCCCUUAACUCGACAAACCUGCAAGGCAUUGCUAAUUCUUUAUUCGGGGUUCAUGGAGGUUCGAAUGAUACCUCGACUUUACUGCAGGCGGCAACAAAUCUCCGACAAUGGGAUGUGCCCGUCUCGCCUUUUAAUCCUUCGCCUUCAGCAACGAUAUUUAGGGCUUUCCAGAGCCUCAAUGCAGCCGGCUCGUUGGUCGAUGUCUCCGCAUCUAUUGACGAAUGUCUCAUGAAUAGCUUGGAUUUAAUCCAGAGCGACCGUUGGUCAGCGAUGUCGUUGAGAACUGCCAUGAGAGUUCUAGGCAUUAUGACUGAGAUUGGUGAUAUCUUGAAUUCAAAAUCUACAGAGGAGAUCAAUGAUGAAUGGCAGAAGGUUGCAGCCAGAAAGUCUUGGUUGAAGACCACAAGUGUGCAAGAAGUUGGUGAGAUACUCGACGCCCACGAAGCCUUAUUCUCAUCGAUCAAGCAAAAAGACCAUCUUAAGUCUUCCAUCAAAUUGAGCGACUUCGAUGCGCAGCUACUUGAGGUGAAAGUCAUUCGUCAAUCACUGGAAAUCAACAGGAACCAUGGGAUUUCCCAGGCGUCGUUGAAAUCAGCUAUCUAUCUCUCCAGGCUCUCUGAUCAAUGCAUUUACCUGGGGCUUAGCAUUGAAGGCGUGGCGAAAUUCGAUCUGGCGAACGUUCUCUGGGAUCAAGGUGAAAUGGCAGCUUCAAUUCAGAUGCUCCAGCAACUGAAGGAUCGGAAUGACUUGCAUAAACAGACUGUUCCCGUCAGCCGUGCAGAGCUUCUAGUGACCCUAGGUCAUCAUAUAGCGGAAGCGCGUCUGGAGAAACCGGAAUUUAUUAUCCAAAAUUACCUAACACCAGCGGUAAAGGAGCUGAAGAAUCACUCGGAGGCUGCAACGGCCGGUCGAGUUUACCAUGGGUUUGCAAUGUUUUGUGAUCAACAAUUACAGAAUCCUGAUGGACUGGAAGACUUUAGACGCAUUGAACAACUUCGCAACCGCAAGGAAAAGGAGGUGCUUGCCCUUGAUGAAAUGCUGAAAAGUGCGGAAGGAAAAGAGAGGGACAGCCUUAAGUUUUAUCGAUCCAAGACAAAGCAGUGGUUUGACCUUGAUGAUCGUGAAUACCAGCGUCUGAAGCGGAGUCGGGAGGCCUUCCUCCAACAGUGUCUUGAAAACUAUCUCGUUUGUUUGAAAGAAAGUGAGGCAUACAAUAACGAUGUUCUUCGAUUCUGCGCUCUAUGGCUGGAUCAGUCUUACAGUGAGAUUGCCAACAAAGCCGUUUCGAAGUAUCUGAGUCAGGUUCCGAGUCGGAAAUUUGCUCCCUUGAUGAACCAACUCACUUCUCGCCUACUGGAUGUCUCGGAUGAGUUCCAGAAUAUACUCUUUGCAUUGAUUUUCCGAAUCUGCUGUGAGCAUCCGUUCCAUGGAAUGUAUCAGAUAUUUGCAAGCAGCAAGUCCAAGGGAGGCAAGGACCAGUCCGCUCUGUCACGUAACCGGGCCGCGGGGAAACUGGCCGAGAGCCUGAGAAACGACAAAACCAUAGGCCCGACUUGGGUGACUAUUCACAAUGCGAACAUCAAUUACGUACGCUUCGCUGUGGAACGGUUAGACGAUAAAAUGAAGAGCGGCGCCAAAGUUCCGCUGAAGAGACUAUCCACCGGUGAACGUCUUGAGCAGGAUGCCUCCACGCAGCGACUACCUCCGCCGACGAUGAAGAUUGAGAUUCGCAUUGAUUGUGACUAUAGCGAUGUCCCUAAAUUGACCCGAUAUUAUCCCGAGUUCACCAUUGCGUCUGGCGUAAGCGCACCGAAGAUUGUGACAGCUGUGGCGAGCAAUGGCUUGCGAUAUAAACAACUCUUUAAGGGAGGAAAUGAUGAUUUACGACAAGACGCUAUCAUGGAACAAGUGUUUGAACAAGUUAGCAGCCUCCUCAAAGAUCACCAGGCCACUCGGCAGCGAAACCUCGGGAUUCGGACAUACAAGGUCCUUCCUCUCACCUCCAACGCUGGUAUCAUUGAGUUCGUUCCCUAUACAAUACCACUUCACGACUACCUGAUGCCCGCGCACCAGAAGUACUACCCCAAGGAUAUGAAACCGAAUGCAUGCCGCAAGUAUAUCAGUGAGGUGCAGACACGCUCCUUUGAGCAGCGUGUCAGAACGUUCCGCCAAGUCACGGAACACUUCCACCCAGUUAUGCGCUACUUCUUUAUGGAGAAGUUCAAUAACCCAGAUGACUGGUUUGGAAGAAGGCUAUCGUAUAUCCAAAGCACUGCUGCAAUUUCUAUCCUUGGCCAUGUCCUUGGCCUUGGGGAUCGUCACGGCCACAAUAUUCUGCUCGAUGAAAGGACUGGCGAGGUCGUGCACAUUGACUUGGGUGUAGCGUUUGAGCAGGGACGUGUUCUGCCGGUCCCCGAAGUUGUUCCCUUUCGUUUAACGCGCGACUUGGUGGAUGGAAUGGGCAUUACCCAGACUGAAGGUGUUUUCCGCCGGUGCUGCGAAUUCACCCUUGAGGCCCUGCGACAGGAAUCCUACAGCAUAAUGACGAUCCUUGACGUCCUUCGGUACGACCCCCUGUACAGCUGGACGGUCUCUCCCUUGCGAAUGAAGAAAAUGCAAGAUGCCUCCGAAGAGGGGGAUGGGCGUCCAGAACUUCCUGGCACUACGGAGCAGCGGCCCACGAAUGAGCCAAGUGAAGCGGACCGCGCACUGACUGUUGUUGCGAAGAAGCUGAGCAAGACGUUGAGUGUGACGGCUAUCGUCAACGAACUGAUUCAGCAGGCGACGGACGAGAAGAACCUCGCCGUAUUAUACUGCGGCUGGGCCGCAUACGCAUAAGGACUGGAUCUCUGUAUUAAAUGAUUGGGACGUGGAUAGAAUUGUAUCUGGAUGCUUGUGCUGGACAUGUGUGGAAGGAAUGGGUGUAGUUGGUUGGCUGGUGCGAAUGGCGCCGUGUAAAUGAUUCAUUUUCCAAGUUCUAAACGUGAAGACUACAUAGAUGAAUGCAAUUAGUGGGC